CCGAAAACACCGCUAAGACCAACCGUCAAAUAAACACACACACACACACACAAACACGAGGCUUUAUCUACACGGAGAAAACUUCGUCUCCGAAAUUUCCUGCUUUAACUGGUCGUUUGAAAGCGAGCUAACCAGAUUUACACGACUCUGGCAUGAAUUUCUCCGAGCUCUUGAAGCAAUCUAACCAGCUGUGCAGACUCUCGCCUGAUGGAAAGUAUUUGGCCACCUGUGUUCAGUAUCGCCUGGUAGUGCGGGAUGUCAGGAAUCUGCAGAUAUUGCAGCUUUACACCUGUCUGGACCAGGUGGCGCACAUGGAGUGGUCUUCAGACUCCCUCUUCAUCCUUUGUGCGAUGUACAAAAGAGGGCUUGUGCAGGUGUGGUCUCUGGAGCAGCCAGACUGGCGUUGUAAGAUAGACGAGGGCUCGAUCGGACUCGUCUCCUCACGCUGGAGUCCAGACGGACGUCACAUACUCAACACCACCGAGUUUCACUUAAGAAUCACCGUCUGGUCCCUUUGCAACAAAUCUGUUUCCUACAUCAAAUACCCGAAAUCCUGUCAGAAAGGGUUGGACUUCAGUGCCGACGGACGCUACAUGGCCCUAGCUGAGCGAAGAGACUGCAAAGAUUACAUUAGUAUAUUUGUUUGUGAUGACUGGCAUCUUCUCAGGCAUUUUGAGACGGAAUCCCAGGAUCUAGCGGGCGUGGAGUGGUCUCCUAAUGGCUGUGUGCUUGCGGUGUGGGAUGCCUCUCUUGAGUACAAAAUAUUGUUGUAUUCCCUGGAUGGGCGACUGCUAUCAAACUACAGUGCUUAUGAAUGGUCACUGGGAAUUAAAUCAGUGGCCUGGAGUCCCAGCAGCCAGUUUCUAGCCAUCGGCAGCUACGAUGAGAAGGUUCGGAUCCUAAACCACAUCACCUGGAAGAAGCUUAUCGAGUUUGAGCAUCCAGCUACGAUCGCCAACUCCAAAGCUGUGGUGUACAGAGAAGUGGAGAAAAGGCCUGUUGUCGGCACUGAGGAUUUGUCCAGUCAUCAGAUCGCCAUGACAAGCCCUCUAUUCAACACACAGAGCAAAUAUGAGAUCGCUUCGUUGCCAGUCCAGGUGUCGGUGGUGAAGCCUGAUCCAGAUCGUGCCAACCCCAAAAUCGGAAUCUCGGCUGUUGCGUUCAGUUCAGACAAUCGCUACCUUGCCACAAAAAAUGACAGCAUGGCACAGUGUGUGUGGCUGUGGGACAUGCAGAGGCUCAGCCUGCAGGCUGUACUGGAACACACUUCAGCUGUGCGCUGCUUCGCCUGGGAUCCGCGCAGGCCACGCCUGGCACUCUGCACCGGAAACGCCAAACUCUAUCUGUGGUCCCCCGCCAGAUGUGUCUCGGUCAAAGUGCAAGUGGAAGGUGUCGGUUUACAGGUGCAGUCACUCUUCUGGCACUGCGAUGGAGAAUCUCUGAUCCUGCUGGGGAAAGAUCAGCUUUGUGUCUGUUACAUGGAUACAGAUGAGGAUAAAUGAGUGCCAAGAAAACAUCAAAGCUCACACUAAACGUUUUUCAGCUUCCAUCCUGAUUUAAACCAUGUUCAAAGAAACUGCUCUCUGAUGGUGCAGACUUACACCAAUGGACAAUUCAAAGCUGAUAAUCUUCUGUGCUAUGAAUGUCAAAGAACAGAUGUUUGUGAGGAUGCACCUCCUAGCAAAAUCAUUACUUUCCCUAAAGGGGGAAGUUUUUUUUGUUUGUCUUAGAUGUUUCUUGGUUCACAAAAUCAUCAUAGUGAUAUUUUCUUAAGCGUCUUUCAUCAAUUUUCAAUCUACAGCUUUUUAUCUGACGAAAAUUUCCUUUCCUUUAAGAUAAGUGGUGACAACUGAAACAUUAUUGACGUUUACAACGAAGCCACGGUCUGACAUAUGAAGAGCAAAGUACAGUAAAUAAGGGCUGGAUUUUACCUAGAAAAAAAAAAACACUGCUGUGAUUGACAGCCAGACGUUGUUGUACCUCAGGACUACAGGAUUGUAAUGCUGGAACCCAACUAUGCCAAAUCACACGGCACAAGCUGAAGUAACGUUUGUUAUUUAAGACAAAUAUUCAUGAAGAAAGAGCAUUAAUAUGUAAAAACACGACUGGGAGAGCAUAUUGUUCUCAUCUCUGUUUUGAAUGUGAAUUCAUAGGCUUUAUACACUAUUGUUUUUCCUGAUGUAGAUGAUAUAUUUUAUUUGUAAAUGUGGAAGUAAGGAUUGAUUUUAUAGAAUUUCUAAUAAAUUUUUCUACAAAUA